GAGCCCCGCCCCGGGGACUAGCUGCUGGCGCCGGGGUACCGGCGACUGUGCGCAGGGCCUUCGGCCACCGACGGCGGUGCGCGAGGACCGCGGCUGACCCGCCGGAGCCAUGCGCGCCCCGUCCGGCCUGCUGGGGCCCCGGGCAGCGCUGCCGCUGGCCCUCUUGUGUCUCCUCGCCGCGACGCGCGGGAGCUUGGCGGACGGCCAGCCUUCAGUUUCACCUUUGACAAGUCUACCCAUUGAAGAAGAAAGGAUAACAAAGUAUUCUAACCUUUCCUUGGAGAGUCAUAACGUACCACCCACAGCUUCACCUUUGACAAGUCUACCCAUCCAAGAAGAAAUGUUGACAAAGUAUUCUAACCUUUCCUUGGAGAGUCAUAACAUAUCAUUGACUGCUUCACCUUUGACAAGUCUACCCAUCCAAGAAGAAAUGUUGACAAAGUAUUCUAACCUUUCCUUGGAGAGUCAUAACAUAUCAUUGACUGCUUCACCUUUGACAAGUCUACCCAUCCGAGGAGAAAUGAUGACAAAGUAUUCUAACCUUUCCUUGGAGAGUCAUAACAUAUCACUGGCUGAACAUUCCAAUGUACCGGUGGAAAAAAAUAUCACUUUAGAAAGACCUUCUAAUAUAGAACUCACAUGCCAAAUCACAAUAUCUAGGGGUGUGAAUUCAGUAAAUGUGACUUGGAAAAAAGGUGAUGAACUACUUGAGAAUUAUCUCACCAAUGCAACAGGAUGCAUCCUGUAUGCCCAGUACAUGUUUACCAUCAUUAAUAGCAAACAAAUGGGAAGCUAUUCUUGUUUCUUUGGAGGAGAAAAGGAACAAAGAGGUACAUUUAACUUCAAAGUCCCUGAGAUUCAUGGAAAAAACAAACCAUUGAUCACUUACGUGGGGGAUUCAACUGUCUUGAUGUGUAAAUGUCAACAUUGCUCUCCUUUACAUUGGACCUGGUACCAUAGUAAUGGGAGUGUGCAGGUUCCUAUUGAUGUUCAAAUGAGCGAGAAGUAUGCGAUCAAUAGAACAAAUGCUAAUGAAACAAGGCUGAAGAUAAUGCAACUUACAGAGGACAAUCAGGGAUCUUACUGGUGCCAUGCAGUAUUCCAAUUAGGCGAGAGUGAAGAGCGCGUUCAACUUGUGGUGCUGAGUUACUUGGUGCCGCUCAAACCAUUUCUUGGAAUAGUUGUUGAGGUUGCUAUUUUAGUGGCUGUUAUUCUGCUUUGUGAAACAUACACCCAGAAGAAAAAGAAGCACAUAGAUGAUGGGAAAGAAUUUGAACAAGUUGAACAGCUGAAAUCAGACGAUACCAAUGGUGUAGAAAAUAAUGCCCCCAGGCACAGAAAAAAUGAAUCCGUGAGCCAAUGAAAGCGAAACAUCGUGUCAAGAGUCAUGGGAACAUGUGCAGUUUGUAUUUCAGCUUUAUUUAUGCUUCCUAUUAAGAACAUCUGAAUUUUUAUUUUUGAAAGGAUGAAAAGUUUAUGCAAUAUAUUGCUCAGCAGUAGCUUUGUAAUAAUAUAUGUAUGUGGGAUCUAAAGAUAUAUUUUCAGUCUGCAGUUAUUUUUACAUUAAAGCAAGGUAAAUUAUAUUAAAUAUGUUCUAUGAGCUAUAACCUAGGAUAAUUAAUUUCAUCCUGGUCAUCAAGGGAUGCACAGAACAGAUACCAGCAAAACCAGUUAAUACUACACAGAACUAAUGUCAUUCAAGACCUGUUUAUAACCAAAGAAUUCAUUAAAGAGAAAAUCUUUGCCAUUUGCCUUAAAAAGUUGUUUUUUUCUAAUCAUGCUUACUACGUAUAGAAAUAUUUGUAAUAAUUUUCAUGUAAGGUUCAUCCUCUGUCACACUGGAAAAAAAACAUCUUUCACUAGGAAAUGAAUACUUUCUGCCUUCGCUAACAAUUCACAAUCGCCACAAGAAAAACAUACUUUUCCUCCACAAAUAGCAGUUUAAGGCAAGGAAAUAUAACCAUAUACUUGCCCCAAAUCUCCCUUCACCACAAAAAAAGCCCAUUUCCCAACCUUUGUUUCACUCCUCUCCACUGCUUUCGGACACCAGGCAAAAGUGACUCUUAGUCUUUACGUGGAGCAUUUUUUAAAUGCCAUGGGUUUGGGAAUUCAUAAGUUACACCUGGGCUGAUGCUGUAGGAUAUAGGUCCAUAUAGUCAUAAUAUAGCACUGCUACAGGGUUCUGUAGAAGCACUGCUUCUGUGGUUCAUGGUUUCCUGGUAUCUUUGACUUGGUACCUGGUGCCCUGAUACUCAUGGGUAGCUAAAUAUCUAAAAAGGCUUUGCUACUGCUUUCUAGUCAUGAUUCCUUUGUUUGAAACCCAGAGGUCCUAAAGUAUUUCUUCUCUGUUGUUGUAAAUGCUGUAGACCUUUCUUCAAAAUUAGAAUGGUUCCAAUGGUGUGUAUAACUGAAAUAUUUCAUAAAAUCACUUUAACUAAAUGAAAUGAAAUAGAUCAUGAAAAAUUGUCAGUGGCUUUGAGUGGACUAUUAAAAUCAUACUGCAGGAUACUAGACUGUGUUGAAGACGAUGAUGUGAAGCCUCAGUGUCCCUAGUGCUGGUGGGUCCAGUAUAGCAGCCAUCAGAACAAGCAGAAGCCAAGAGGGAAGAGUUGGGAUGGUGACAAGAAACCCAUGAUUUUUGGUGACUAGGAGACUCACAUUUGGAGAAGAGGAGUUCAGUGAUUUGUAAUAAUAAUAAUAAUAAUAAUAAUAAUAAUAAUAAUAACUUCUAGAAAUUUACAUUGUGUCCUGGCUGAGAAAAUAAUAAAAUCGUGUUAAUGAAAAUUGGAGUUUAUAUGGCAUCUUAACUAAUGUUAAAAGUAUGACUAAUAGGAGUAAUACACAUAAAGUCGUGACUUAGAAGCUGCUCAUUGUUUUGUUGCAGAGUAUUUUGUGUAAAGCAUGUUAACUACACAUACACGUUUUAUUGAACUAGACAUCCCUUAAGUAAUGGCAGAUUUUAUUUCGUUCUUAGUCUCAGAGCCAUAAGCCUUACAUUGUUUUGGUUUAAUUCAGUAUUUGAUAAAAUUCUCUUGGAUGGUAUCUAUAUGAUGGCAGACAACCAAUCAGGUCACUUAAUUAAUAUAAACAAUUUGAAUUCAGUGAAAAAUGAGACCUAUUAUUUGACUAAGUACAAUUCAAAAUGGUGUAUUUAUGAUUGGUAUAUACAAAACAAUUUGUAGCUCGUAGGCAGUACGCAUCCUUACGUUUUGCAACACUAUUUAGGCUAAGAUAUUUUUCAAGCGAGAAAAAUUGCUGCCCCUUGGUAAUCUGAAAUGUUUAAAUAGUAAGUUGAAUUUUUAAGGGUCAAUGCUUGCUAUUUUUCCUAGCAAAGGCAAUUCAUUUCAGUGACUUUAAGCAGAAAAAGUACUCAGAAAAUUAAAGUUGAGUUUUGGCUUUUUAGAUCCUCUCUGGAAGAACUUCUGGAAAAUUACUUCAGACUCUUAGAUUAACAAUGGAAUGCUUCCAUUAACUAACCUCAUGUGGAAGAUAGAUGGAUUAACUCAUAAUAACCAAUUGUAAAUUGGCUGAAAAUUCUAAGUAAGCAGAAAAGCUGAAGUAGGAAAACUGCUCUAUGUUUAUAUAUUAGACCUGUUGGGAAGUUCUAUUAAUCUUUCCAGCUAACAGGGUUUUGCAGAAUAAGUAGAUUUAAUGAUGUCUUAAAAUUCCCAGAUACUUUCAUAUUCAGUUUAUGCUCUAAUGUAAAUCUGCUCUCCCAUUGUAUCUGUCUCUUUUUUCUCAGCAUCUAGGUACUCAGGCCAAAACCCAGAGCUCAUUAUGACAUUUUCUUCUCCUCUAUUAACUAAUACUCAUUAUUAAUGAAUCUGUUUCUUUACCCUUCUCAGUAGUUCACUCAUCCACCCAUUGCCUUCCCCACCCCACUCUCACCACUGCAGUAGCAAGGGCUUGGCUUUCCUUCUUCUGUCUCAUCUUCUGUUUGUCCAUUUUUUGUACUGCUGCCCGACUCAUCUUUCUAAAACACAGAUCUCGCUAUGCUAACUUAAUAUGGCAGCUUCCAUUCGGCAGACUCACCUUUGAUAUUCCUUUUAUUUUAUUUUUUAAGUUUAUUUGGAGAGAAAGAGAGCAUGUGCUCACGCACCUGUGUGUGCGGGGGAGUGGCAGAGAGGAAGGGAGAGAGAGAAUCCCAGCGCAGAGCCCUACACAGGGCUUGAACUCACAAACUGUGGGAUCAUGACCUGAGCCGAAAUCCAGAGUCGGAGACUCCACCGACUGAGCACCCAGGUGCCCAUUUCUUAAUACUGCAGUUUUCCAAGUUGCUAAUCUCUCCCCAGUGUCUUGAUUUAGCCUUGAUAUGCAGAGAUCCGGUGCAGAAUGCUGUCCCCCACCCUGUGCUCCUUCCAUGGACUGGCUCGAGUUUAGCUUUCAAAAUUUUAAUCUGAUGUUAUUUCCUGGUAGAUCUUUCACACCCAGUGGAAUAUAUACCAUGUUAUUUCAUCAAAUAACUCCACAUUUCUUUGUGUGUAUUACCCUGUAACAUCUGUCUUCUUCCUGUGUCCUGUACCUAACCUACCACAGAGAGGGUGCAUUAGAGAUGUCACAAAAUGUGUGUUGAAUAGGUAAAUGUAUCAGUAAAAGUCAAUCAAAUUUCAUAAAUUUGUAGUUAUUUUUAGAGCAGUCUAAAUUGUGACAUCAGAAUUAAAACACAUUAUUUUAAGAGAUAAACAAUGUUUUGAGUCAACGUUUGCUUCUAUUACUUUGAAAACUACACAGUAAUAGAGUCAAAGCGUCAUCAGAUUUUCAUAAUGUAUUAAUAUCAAGUGAGUGAAGAGAGCUCUGAUUCCUAAACUGCUAUACAAGGUAUGCCCCCUUCAAUGUAUUUAAAAUUCCUAUUGUCCUCUAUUUUUCAUGGACAGUUGGAAUAUUAACCCUAUUUUUAUCUUUUAUUUUAAUGAGAUAAUGUAUUGAAUUUAAAUAUAAACAACUUUAGCAAUUAUAGCCUUUGCAUGGUGCUGUAGUGUCCCCCACCCCCCCACCCCCCAACUCAUUUCUCAUUUCUCUUCCCCACCAAUACCUCAUAGUACUUUAGAGUAUCUCGGAAUCCCAUUCAAAAUUCUAUCUUAAAUAAAAAUUUUUAAAGAAAGGUUUCAUUGUUUAGUUUUGAUCACUGAAGAUUUGUCUUUAAUCAAAUUCAUGAAAGAAAAAAAAUGUCAGUUCCGCUCACUUAUUCCCUAGGUCUUCAUCUUUGAGGCAUUUAAAUAGAUUUAUAUAAGAUGGUUAUUGAAUAUUUACUAUACUUCCUUACAGAAAAUGCACUUUUCUAGUUGAAAAAGUCUAUGCAGUCAGUGAAUUAGGGGACUUACUCCCUAUUACCCUUGUUCAUCUUCAGGUGGGAGUGAGUUCAAGUAUGUGUUGCAGUAUUAGUUAAAAGGCACAGGAGUGCCUGGGUGGCUCAAUCGGUUAAGUGUCCAACUUCGGCUCAGGUCAUGAUCUCACAGUUCUGCAUCGGGCUCUGUGCUGACAGCUCAGAGCCUGGAGCCUGCUUCGGAUUCUGUCUCCCUCUCUCUCUGCCCCUCCCCCACUCAGGCUCGCUCUCGCUCUCGCUCUCUCUCUCUCUCAAAAAUAAAUAAUAAACAUUUAAAAAAAGGCACAGUGACCUACUUAAAGCAUGCUCUGAGUUAAUAUUUAUUGGAUGAAUGAAAAAUAGAUGAAUGACCCAAUUAUGUUGGAAUCUUAAAUUAUACAUAUUUACAUAUGAUUCUGAUUACAUUUGGUUCUGAUUAAUUAACUUUGACUCUAUCCUAUCCAGAGAAAAAGAAAACUGAAACUGCCUAUGUUCAAUUCUGUGGUCUUUAGGAAUGUAUUUGUACUGAAUCUAGAUGGUCAAUUACAUGCCAAAUUGAGUUCCUCAUUAAGAAUAUAUAAAUUUCAUUAAAUAAUAAAACCUGACAUUUGUCGAGUGCUUAGCAUGUGACAGGCACUGUGCUGAAUGCUUUGACAUGUGUUGCCUCCUUGAAUCCCUACAUCACAUCCUUAUGCUACAGGAAAUAUUACCAUUUGCUGUAUUAGAGAUGAGAAACCCAAAGCCUGGGGAGACGGUGUUUGGAGCUGGUAUGGAAAUUCAAGGAGUCCUUCGCAGGAGUUUUCGUUUAACAACCAUGUUGAACAGCUUUAGCCCCUACUUACAUGCGUCUUAGAAAAUGAGGCUAUUAUCUAUAUCAAGUAUCUUUUAAAAAAAUGUUUAUUUUCUCAGAUGGUCAGUUAAAGAAGUUCCUCAAUCUUAUCCCCAAGGCUUAUAGGAUCUGUGCUGUGGCAUACUUGUGUCCCUGUGAGUGGUGCUGGGGAAUCAUGACCCUUCUGUUCCUUUGGAGAGUCCUUCUUCCCACCUCCCCCUAUUUUUACUCCUCAGUAGUUAGUGUGAACAUUAGCUUUAUCAUCCAAACACUGAGAAUGAAAGAAAGCGUAUGUAUCAUUUCACCAGGACAACAGACAGAAAAUGGACCUGUAUGGUCACAUUUUUUGUCUGCAGGGAAGAACUAAGUACUUUAUGGAUAUUCUAGCCUAGGCAUAGCAGUGACAUGUAUAGCAAGUUUGAGUGAUAAAUUCAAGGUCGGGGAAAGAACUAUCUUUAGAAAAUGCCAGGUGAGAGUCACUAUAGACAAAUACCUAUUAUGAGACAAUUUAGUAAGUUAAAGAUUUGUUACUUUCCAAAGGUAAUGUGAUUAAAAUUUAUUAUAAUUCAAAAGUAUGAUUCACAGUUGUGAGAGAUGUUGGAAAAGAAAGUCAUGUUUUUGAUAACCUGUGAAAUGAAUUGGGCAAUUCUUUGGAUCUGCUUAUCUUUGUGAUUAAUGUAUCAUAAUAAUAUCUGUGAUUGUCAGUGAAUCAGGAAUGCCUCAUUAUGCUUUUAUAAUAAAAUUUACUUACAAAAUGGGUGAAGAUUACUCAUGAAUAGCAUUGUCAAAAUUACUUUUAAUCACGUGAUUAACUUGGAACACCUAUGUUUCUUACUCUUUCAUUUUCCAAAUAAGAAAAUGCUAGGGAAACUUGUUUACAGGAUAUUGGUUAAAAUCUUAUAUUAUUUUGGUGUGUUAUCUAUUAUGGUUCAGAACUUUUACUCACAAAAGUUGAUUUUGCUAUUUAACUUGUACUGUACUUCAGGGAAAGCACAAAUUCUCAUUUUUCUAUGUUUUAUUUGAUAAAUGGAAAUAUUAGACAUAUUACAUAUGUAAUUAACUAUAAUGUUAUUUAAUGGCACAAAAUUAUCACAAAAUAUGAUUAUAUUAACAGCUUUUGUAUCUCUUAAGAUAAAAAUUUGACCAUAAACUUUACUUUUUUUUUUAAAUCAAGGACCAUGGAUUUAUGAUGACAUAUUUCCUAAUAAUUUUAAUAUUUUCUCUUUUUUUAGCAUACGUGUCUAAAUUUCCAUAAUGCCUUUCUGAUUUAUGUAAAUAGCACAGAAAAUGUCUGUAUUGGAAUGUUUAAAGAAAGCUUUUUGUUGCAUAUAACUCAAAGAGUGUACUUAAUAUGCAAUUAAAUUCAAUAAAAUUUCCUCCAAAUUAAGGA